AAUACCGUCUGCCACUGACGCAGAUAAAAACGAAGGGCUGACAAAGAUAGAAGCAAUCGUAUACACUUGAGGCGGCGGGCGUCCAGCGUUGUGUCUCGCGAGAGGUGCAAUCCGAGAUCUUCGUCGGUGGUCGCGACGUGCAAGAAAAACAAAUACGCUGGGCAGAAAAUGGAGGUCACCACGCGUCAGUUUAAAAAGAGGUGUCUCCGCAGCCGACGGCCAAGCAUUCGCAAAAACUCUCGUGAUGCUCGCCAAAUUUGUCCUUCUCGUGUCGGUUCUCGCUGUGGCCCACUGCGAGACCGACGACAACACGCUGCUCGCCAGAGCCCACAACCAGUUUGGCGCGAACCUGCUGAAGUACCUCGCAGCCCAGGAGCCCUCGUCAAAUAUCUUCUUCUCGCCGACUAGCAUUGCCGCCGCGUUCGGCAUGGCCUACGUUGGCGCCAGGGGAAACUCCGAGGCCGAGCUGGAUUCGGUGUUCGGCCACACGGCUCUCGGCCUCACCGGCCGGGACAGAGUGCUCGCGGCGUACAAGAACCUCCUGGAACUGUCGACAUCGCCCAACGUCACUCUGGAUGUGGCGAACAUGGUCCUAGCGCUGGUGGGUUUCCCCAUAUCCGACAGCUACAAACAGCAGCUGCGCGAAAUCUUCGAUGCGGAUGCGAGGUCUGCUGACUUCCACGAGGAUGGCCCCAGAGUAGCGGCGGAAGUUAAUGCGUGGGUGCGCGGGAAGACCAGGGGCAAGAUAUCCGGCAUCCUGCCAGAGGGUCAGCCGCUUGACAUCGUGCUCCUCAUCCUGAACGCCGUCUGCUUUAAGGGUGCCUGGGUGACCAUAUUCGAUACCCAUAAAACUGUGAACAAACCUUUCCUCAACCUAGGAACCACGGAAGUGAGCAAACCGGCGAUGCACCUCAGGACACGCCUUCCGCACACAAGAGUCAAUGCCUAUCACGCGUCCGCUGUGGAAAUACCGUACCAGGGAGACAGGUUCAGCAUGGUGGUCCUGCUUCCGGACGACCCAACUGGACUUGCCACUGUCAGGGACGGCUUGUCGCUCGACUUGCUCGAAGACGUUGGCAGCAAGCUAAGCUUCAGGGACGUCAUGCUCCAGCUGCCCAAGUUCGAAAUAAGCCUUCGUUACGAAUUGGUGCCAGCGAUGAAGGCCCUCGGUUUGAACUCUGUCUUCGGAGGAUCGGCCAACUUCAGCGGUAUCAGUGAAAGCGUGCGGGUUUUCAUAUCGGACGCUGUGCACAAAGUGGCGGUCGAGGUGAAUGAAGGAGGAACCAUUGCGACCACAGUCACUGCAGUCUUGUUUGAGACCCUCUCGGCUUACUACGACUCGCUGCCACCCAUCGAGUUCAUCGUGAAUCAUCCCUUCCUCUACUACAUCAGAGACCGGAGCACCAACCGCGUUCUCUUCAUCGGAGUGGUCCACACACUCUGAGAAGCGAAGUGUUUACUGCGCAAUCCGGUACGACAGGACUUUCGAGUGAUGGAAAGGUGGCACUAGCAUUACAACGUAAGAAAGAACACCUUUUAAAUAAAGUGCGCCCCUUUUAUUACAUUUCCUGUAUAUUUGCCAUAGUGAUAGUAUAAUUUCGUUGUCGUGUUUU